AUGGGUGUACAUGCUUUAUCUGGGAGAUUGGCUCGUUGGAAGAUUUUAUUGUCUGAGUUUGACAUCCAAUAUCUAAGCCAAAAAGCAGUUAAAGGGAGCGUUAUAGCAAAUUUCAUUGCAAGCAGGGUUUCUAAGGAGUAUGAACCGCUGAACUUUGAUUUCCCGGACGAAGAUUUGAUGGGUAUUUCAGCUGAAGAGGUAGUUUUCUCUAUUGAUGAACAUUGGAAGAUGAAUUUUGACGGUGCUUCGAAUGCUUUGGGGCACGGGAUUGGGGUAAUUUUGGUAUCACCUAGUGGAGAACACGAUCCUUUCACCAAUCGGCUAAAUUUCGAUUGCACAAACAACAUGACUGAGUAUGAAACAUGUAUUUUGGGUCUUAGAGCUUCCAUUGAGCGUAAAGUAAAAAUACUCAAAGUGUAUGAGGAUUCAGCUCUGGUAAUUUAUCAACUUAGAGGUGAAUGGGAAAUGAAAGAUCCCAAGUUAGUGGAAUACCAUAAGUUAUCUUGGAGCUCAUCAAAGAGUUUGAGGAAGUGA